AUGAGGUCGAUUAUAUUUGCCAAUUACAUUGCUCGAGACACAAGACGACUUGGAGCAACAAUUGAUGUUGAACACUCCCAUGUCAGAUUUCUUGGAAACCUUGUGCUAAACCUGUGGGACUGUGGAGGACAAGAGGCCUUCAUGGAGAACUAUUUUGCCAGCCAAAGAGACAACAUAUUCAGAAAUGUUGAGGUGCUAAUUUACGUCUUCGACGUGGAGAGUCGGGAGCUGGAGAAGGACAUCCACUACUACCAGUCUUGUCUCGAAGCCAUCCUACAGAACUCCCCGGAGGCCAAGAUUUUCUGCCUGAUUCACAAGAUGGACUUGGUGCAGGAUGACCAGAGGGACAUUAUCUUUCAUGAGAGACAGGAAGAUUUGAAGCGUUUGUCCAAGCCGCUGGACUGUACUUGUUUUGCCACAUCCAUUUGGGAUGAGACUUUAUACAAGGCCUGGUCAUCCAUAGUGUACCAGUUGAUUCCUAAUGUGCAGCAGCUUGAGGAAAAUCUGUCCAGCUUUGCUGAGAUCCUGGAUGCAGACGAGGUGCUUCUCUUUGAGAAGGCAACAUUUCUGGUUAUAUCAUACUGCGAGAGGGUCCAGCACCGAGACGUUCACCGCUUUGAGAAAAUCAGCAACAUCAUCAAGCAGUUUAAGCUCAGCUGCAGCAAGAUCGGGGCCUCGUUUGAAAGUAUGGAGAUCAGAAAUUCAUCUUUCGCAGCUUUCAUUGAAAUGUUCACUCCUAACAUGGUGGUGAUGGUGGUCAUGUCAGAUACAUCUAUCCCGUCUGCAGCCACACAGUUGAACAUCAAGAAUGCCCGGAAGUAUUUUGAGAAGCUGGAGAGUUUGGUAACCCCUCACAGAGGAAUGGGAGCUAGCACACGAUAG